ACCACCCGCAGGCCACGAUCUACCAGUUGCAGUUUAAAAGUCUGUCAUUUGGACUCUUCGUGGAUGUUCUGUGUUCUUAAUGGCCAUAAAACAACGCAUUAAAAUAACGGAAAUUUGCUUCCCCAUCUCCGUCGGGAUGAAGCCGCUUCCGGGCAAACAUUUGCCAACAGUAAACAUGGCGGAGGACCUGCUGGAAACAGUGGACAGACUUCAGUCCCGGUUAAUGGAGAGUCCGGAGCCCCGAAAGCUCCUAAAGACUCUUAAAAGACUGGGAGAGCUUCCGAUGACCGUCGACAUCCUGGUGGAAACCGGAGUGGGGAAAACUGUGAACUCUUUUCGGAAACAUGAAGUAGCCGCCGAGGUGGCAAAAGGCCUGGUAGCCAAGUGGAAGAAGCUCGUCCCGCAGUCUGCUGACAGAAGCAGCAACAAUCACGCCAAAGAGGCGCCGCGGUCACACUCUGGAGGCUCCCAUGAGGCGAUUCAAAGACGCCAGCGAGAGCCCUCCCCCGACGAGGACCAGGAGGAAGAGGAGGAACAAUCCUACGUAGAAGAAGAGGACGAGGAGGAUGAAGAGCGGGGCUACCACACCAACUACUCCCCCUCGCCACCGCAGCACGAGCAGUACAGCCCCCAGCGGCGAGGCGGCGACCAGUCCGACGAGUACGACAGCCCGCAGCCAGAACCAGAACCUAGCCCGCAGCCAGAACCAGAACCUAGCCCGCCUCCACGCCGAGUCGCCAAACACGCCAGGCCAGGCAAAGCCGACGGGACCCACCACCACGGCGAGCAACGCAGCGAGGCGAAGAAACGGAGCGCUGACAGGGAGCGGAGUCCGCCGCCUAAGUCGGCCAAACACAGCAGGAAGUCGCACGAGGGCAAGAGGGAGGAGGCCAGGAAGGGCGGCGAUGACGGGCAACCGCCACGCCCACAGAAGGACUCCCCCGCCGGCGAGGCGGCGGAGGACGAUUUUGAGACUCCCACCAUGUCUUUCGAGUCCUUCCUCACCUACGACGCUCCGGCGGCGUCUUCCUCCUCCGUCAAGAAGAAGAAAAAGAAGACGUCUUCCUCGUCCUCGCACAGUCGCCCUUCGCACGCUCCCGCCGCCUCCGCCCCGUCUUCCCGCCGCACGUCUCAGCACGCCUCCUCGUCCUCGUCUUCAUCCUCCUCUUCCUCCAAAGCGAGCAAGACCAACGGCGCCGCGAGCACAAAGAAGUCUCACUCGAGGUCUGCCCCGGUUGCGCUGGAAAAACGCAGAAAGGUGGUGGAACCUCUUCCGUCACUUCCCGAAAUCCCUCUGCCGGACAUCCAACCCAACUACAGACCUCUGCCCUCGAUCGACAUCACUCCGCUGUCCCCUCAGAGACGGAAAGGUCCCGUCUUCAACGACGAAGAGGACUCUGGUUUCACGGGGAAGCGUUUCAACUCCAAGAUGGUGGUCUACUCGGGGUCCAAGACCGCCUACUUGCCCAGGAUGAUGACGCUGUUUGAGCAGUGCAUACGAGUGCUGCAGAACAACAUCGAUUCCAUCGCGGAGGUGGGAGGGGUGCCCUUCACCAUCCUGCAACCGGUCCUGGAGCGCUGCACUCCGGAGCAGCUGUACCGCAUCGAGCAGAGCAACCAGUGGUUCACGGAGGAAUCGGACGAGCUGUGGAUGCGCCACUGCCAGCGGGACUUUAAGCGGGAGACACCGCAGGAGUACGAGUCUUGGCGGGAAUUGUACCUGCGGCUGCACGACGAGCGAGAAGCGCGGCUGAGGAGGCUGACCCAAAACAUCAGCUCGGCGCACGCCAACAAGCCCAAAGGGCGACAAGUCAAGAUUGCGUUUGUGAACUCCGCCGCCAAGCCGCCGCGAGACGUCCGGCGCCGGCAGGAAAAGUUUGGCACCACCAACGGUUCUUCCGCAGCAUCCACCGCCGCGUCGACGCCCAUCAAAAUACGACCGGCCAGCAGCGACUACUCCAACCAAUCCUCCACCUCCCUCCUCACCCCUUCGCCCAGCUCAUCCCGCUCCUCAGCGCCAAGUGCAGUUGGAGGCGGAGCUACAGGUGGAGGGCACACCUCCCGGGAAAAGCCACAGGUCAAAAAAAUCGCCCCCAUGAUGGCCAAAACUAUCAAAGCUUUCAAGAACAGAUUCUCCCGCCGAUAAGAGCGAAAACAUCCCUCUUGUUCAUUUCAUUGACCAACUAAACAUGUGAACUUUUAGGUGGUUGGUGGGAAAAUAGCUGACUUUUUUAAAAAAAGUAUUUAAAAUAAGUCCGUCAGUGUGGAUGAGGACACAAGAGCCUGUUUUUAAAUUGGCUUUUUUUUCUCUUUUAAUUAAGAGAACGACAAAAAGAUGACCUUUUAAAAAUGGCUCAUUUGGUUUUAUCAGCGUAAAUGAAUCCACUGCGGUGUGAUGACCAGGAAAAAAGAAAAUACAUUCGCACAUUCUUAAUUUUGUCUUUUUAGCUGCGCGCUUGUCGCAAACCGACACGGCAACCUGAUGUACUUUAUUUUGAAAUCCGAUGAUCAACAAGCCGCACCGCUCUUCAGUCUUCUUCUCUGCUGUCCAAUGUGUGCGUCCCGUGUGUAAAUAAAUAUACACUCUAUCUGCUUCACUGUGACAGGAGUGUGAGGCGUUCAAGAAGGUAAGGAAUAAGCAAAGUGCUUUGAGCGUCUACAACGGUGAUAUUUAUUGCAUAUAUUAUUGACUUUGUCCUGACGCCCCUCAACUCUGGCCCGCUAGGAAGGAAGUAGGUGAAGACCUGUAAUUUUAUUAGAUUUUAAUAAAUGUUUAUGGUCAUUUUUUUUAUUAAAUAUGACUUUACCCAGACUGUG